AUGUUUGAAAGAUAUCCGGUUGAAGAAAUAAUAGAAUUAAUGGCACAAAAUGCUGCUCAAGUUGCUUACCAUAGUUUCAAGUGGCAGUACACAACAUUGAUAUUAUUUAACGCUUCAUGUUUAUUCGGACUUGACGUAUUUGUUAAAUCAUAUGACAAAAAUAUUAAACUUUACAAUGUGAUGGAAUCCGUACCGGAUUUAAAAAGUGAAGAUGUUAACCAGUUCAUCUUAUUCGUAGCUGAUGUGUCAGAUGCACAGGCGUUUUUAAAUGUAAUAGAAAUACAAAAACUUAAAGCAAAUGCUAAAUUUAUAAUAAUUUGUGAACACAGUAACGAAUGUGACGAGACUCAAGCCGUAAAAAUACUGUGGACUUAUACAAUUUUUAAUGUCAUAUUUAUUAAAAACGAAGAUUCUUUAAUAAGUGGCUAUACAUACUUUCGAAGUGAACGUUGCGAUCGCCCAACACCCCCGCGGAGGCUUGAACAUUGGGACAAAUGCAUUGAUUCUUCUAAAAAAGUUAUAAAGCUUUGCAAGAAGCAUAUGUUUCCACAAAAAUUUAGUAAUUUUCACCGCUGUCCCUUGAUUGUUUCGACAUUUGAACAACAUCCCUUCAUGUACAUUAACGAUGGUGUACCGUAUGGUGCUGAUGGAGAUUUGCUGCGUUGUAUAGUGCAUACUCUUAAUGCAACGCUUGUCCUGAUCUCACCGCGUGAUGAUGACGGCUGGGGUAGUUAUGAGAAUAAUACUUGGACUGGUUCUCUUGGUGAUGUUUACAACGACCUGGCCAAUGUUUCUAUGACAUCAGCUUCAAUCACUUUCAAUCGAUUAAAAUACUUCGAUAUGUCUAUAAAUUAUAAUACUUUGGAUUUGGUUUGGAUCACCCAUCCAUCAGAAUUUGAAUCUUCAUCGCUUAAGUUGCUAAAACCGUUUACUAGAAAAGCAAGAAUGCUCUUUGUAGUUACAUUAAUGAUUCCCCUUGUUAUCCACAUCCUUUUAAAAUUGAGAAUUAUGGAUAAGAUCAAGACAAGAUUCAAUGCAGAUGUACCUCUUAAUACUAUAAAUACUUUAAGAGAUGCUAUCGAAGAAGGUUACCAGUAUGGAAGCAGUCCGGCUAUAAGAGAUUAUUUUGUGGAUGAUCAAUUUAUAUAUAAUAAUUGGGUAUUUAUAGACACCAAUGAAAUGUUUCCUACUAUGAUAGAUUUGACUAAAGAGAAACUGUUUGGCGCAGAUUGUAAAAUAUUCAGAAAUAUCUAUCGGUAA